AUGAAGUCCUCUACCUAUGGUAUGCUCGCUCUGGCAGCGGCUGCUAAGCUCGUCAGCGCUCACGCCACCGUCCACGCUGUCUGGAUCAACGAUGUCGACCAGGGUGAAGGUAACAGCCAGAGCGGCUACAUCCGUACUCCCCCCAGCAACAGCCCUAUCACCGAUGUCACCUCCAAGGACAUGACCUGCAAUGUUAACAACAAGGCUACCGCCAAGACCCUGGAGGUCAAGGCCGGUGACAAGGUCACCUUCGAGUGGCACCACGACUCCCGUAGCGACUCUGACGACAUCAUCGCUUCCUCCCACCUUGGCCCCGUCAUGACCUACAUGGCCCCUACCGAGAAGGGCACUGCUGGCAACGGCUGGGUCAAGAUUGCCGAGGAUGGCUACACCGAUGGCACCUGGGCCGUCGAUACCCUGAUCAAGAACCGCGGCAAGCACUCCAUCACCGUCCCCGACGUUGCGGCCGGCGAGUACCUCUUCCGCCCUGAGAUCAUCGCUCUCCACGAGGGUAACCGCGAGGGCGGUGCCCAGUUCUACAUGGAGUGUGUCCAGGUCAAGGUCACCUCUUCCGGCUCCAAGACCCUCCCCGAGGGUGUCUCCAUCCCCGGUGCCUACACUGCCACCGACAAGGGUGUCCUGUUCGACAUCUACAGCUCUUUCGACAGCUACCCCAUCCCCGGCCCUGCUGUCUGGGAUGGCGCUUCUGGUUCGUCUUCUUCUUCAUCAUCCGAAUCCGCCUCUGCAUCUGCUCCUGCAUCUACCAGCGCUGCUCCUGCUCCCUCUGGAUUCACUACCAUCGCCAAACAGCCAUCCACCACUUCCACCCAGGCCCCUUCCACUGAGAACACUCCCACUGAGACCUCCACCACCUCCGCCAUUGUCUCCACCACUGCUGCCGCCUCUUCUACCACUGCUCCCGCUACUCCCUCCACCACCUCCGCCAUUCCUUCCUCUGCUGCGCCCACUAACUCUGUUCCCCAGCCUAGUUCCAACGCCGGCGGCCUUGUCAAGGAGUGGUACCAGUGCGGUGGUAUGAACUACACCGGUAGCAAGCAGUGUGAGUCUGGUCUCACUUGCAAGGUGUGGAACCCUUACUACAGCCAGUGCCUUUCCCCUGAGCACGCUUAA